CAAAUGACGUGUACAGGUUAUGUGGUGUUUAUUACAAAUCGGUUUUUCAAAAAUGCAUUAAAUUUAAUGUAUUAACUAUAAUAAAGUAUGAAAAAUAAGCCGCUUCUAAAGAAAACGUUUGAUGAAUUUGAAGUAAUUUUUUAGAAUGGGUACAUCUGUAAGCAAAAAUCAAGAUUUAACAACAAACGAAUAUUUGUUAAAAUUCGUUGAUAAAGAUCCUAUUUCACAAAAUGAUCCUUUUUGGAAUCGUUUCUUAUCGUUUAACAUAAAACCUCCAACCUCAAGUGAAGAUCAAUUGGCUUUAGAUAAUAAAACGGAACCGUUACUCCAAAAGUUAUUGGUUAAUAACUUACAAUCAGGGAAUUUUGGGGCACUUGUUAAAGUUUUUUUAACAAGAUGUGGAGAAUUAUUAACAGCAGCCACCAAUAAUGACAAUAUAUAUUGUUGGCAAAUUUUCAACUCCCUAUUUGCAAUAAGAAAUAUUUUAAAAUAUUUAACAGAAACAGUUGUUGAAGAACAAUUAAUUGAACACAUUGAGAUUAAUGUAGAGGGAACAUCAAGGCUCGAACAACUUCUUGGAGCUCUAUAUGGAAUAAUUGUUGAUAUACCACUCAAAGAAUGUACAUAUGCUAUACAUUUAGAAGCAGUAACUUGUUUGAUUGUAUUUUUAUCUGUGCAAUUACACACAAAUCGAAAAGCUGAGCAACUUGUUAUUUAUAAAUUAAUAAUGAAAGGUCGACACGCUAUUCAUGCACCCUUAUUCAUUAAAAGUCUUAUUGUGAAUUUUAUUGAGCAAUUAAAAGCACCCCCAGGAUUUAGUACAAAUCAAGGAAACAGUUUAGUUUUAGGUUUAGCCGGCUUAUGGUCUAUUUUAACUUUGAGUAGGAGAGAUGGUGAUACAAGAGAUAGCAAUGGUAAACUUGAUAUAUUGGAAGCUCCAUUAGCAACACAAAGUUUACUUUUGAUGUUAAUUUUAACAAAUCAUUGUUCAACACAAAAUAAUCCUUAUAGGCAAUGUUUGUUUUCAUGUUUAAAUAAUAAUAAUCCAAUUCCGCCAACGAAAGCACCAAGCGUUUUUAAAAUUGAUUACAAUCAAUUAUUUUUUACAUUAUGUAAACGUGCCAAUGGCGACGCUGCUACUUUACUUUUGUACCUUUUAUUACAUCGAAAUCCUGCUUUUAAAACGCAUCUUCUCGCAAGAAUCGACUUGGAUCAAUUGGUAAUACCAGUUUUAAAAACAUUGUAUAAUGCUCCAAAUAGCAAUUCACAUCACAUUUAUAUGUCUUUAAUUAUACUCUUGAUUUUAAGUGAAGAUGAUGCCUUUAAUAGAUCAGUACAUGAAACGAAAUUAAAAUCAAUAUCAUGGUAUAAUGAAAGAAAUUUAUCCGAAGUUUCAUUAGGAGGUCUACUUGUAUUAGUAGUAAUAAGAACGAUACAAUAUAACAUGUUAAAAAUGCGUGAUAAAUAUCUCCAUACAAAUUGUUUGGCGGCAUUAGCAAACAUGUCCGCACAAUUCCGUGAUUUACAUCCUUAUGUAAGCCAAAGAUUAGUUUCGUUAUUUGAGACGUUAGCGAAAAAAUAUCAAAAACUUUCACUAAGAUUGAAAGAAAAUCACCAUAACGAAACGACGAUUAAUAUUUCUAUGGAUGAUGGUGGAGAAGCUGAACAAGACCUUUCCGUAUUAGAGGAAGUAAUAAGAAUGGUUUUGGAAAUUUUUAAUUCUUGUUUAACAAAUCAAUUGUCGAAUAAUCCAAAUUUGGUUUAUACAUUGUUGUAUAAAAAAGAUAUUUUUGAGCCGUUUAAAAAAAAUCCAGCUUUUCAAGAUAUCGUUCAAAACAUUGAGACGGUUAUUGAGUAUUUUUCGAAAUUAUUGCAAACGAAAGCGCAACAAAAUGAGGUUGAUGCUGGGCAGGUUCUUUUAACGAUACAACAAGGAACUAAACAAUGGCCUAAAGAAAAAUUGACGAAAUUUCCUGAAUUAAAAUUUAAAUAUGUUGAAGAAGAUCAACCGGAAGAAUUUUUUAUACCGUACGUUUGGGCUUUGGUCAGUGAGCAAUCUAUGUUGAAUUGGUGUACAGAAGGAUCGUCAAUUUUAAAUGUGUCUUGUUAAGUGUAUGAUGACAAUAUCUGAUAACAUAAAUAAGGAAUUGUGAUAAUGUAAAGAUUUUUUUUUGUAUUUGUCUCCUAAAAAUUAAAUUAAACUAAACAAUUAUGUAAUAAUAGUAGGAUAUUAAGUAGUUAAUAUAAUUUUUCUUUUAAUUUA